AUGCUCGGCUCAGACGUGGCAGAAGGGUUUGCGAAGCGCACCAUGAUGCUAUGGCAACUGCAGCAGCAACACUCAGAUUACCCGCAGCUUGAUCCAGCCCAGCAAUUUAAACAGCUCUUCAGAGAAGGAGAACAAUUCUUUCCCGGGCCAGACUUUCAGCUUCUCCACGCCGCCAUCCAGACCCUACGCCAAUCAGCCAGGAAUGAUCAGCAACCCCCAUAUAACCUCCCGAGCAACUUGAUGCAGCCAAAUUUGAAGGCAAACCCUAGUUAA